AAGCAAGCAGGCAUUACAUUUACAGACUGGCUGGUGCGCUGUUGUUAACUUUCCGUCUCGAACCUCCUCGAAUCGCGUCGUGUUAGAGAGAGAGAGAGAGAGAGAAACACAGAGUUGAGAAAGAUGAGCGUGAUCGACAUUUUAACCAGAGUUGAGACCAUCUGCCAGAAAUACGACAAGUACGAUAUCGACAAACAAAAAGAUCUCAACGUCUCAGGCGACGAUGCCUUUGCUGUUCUCUACGCCGAUGUCGAUUCCGACAUUACCGCCGCUAUUCAAAAAGCUGAGUCAGCCACUAGUGAGAAGAAGAGAGCUUCCGCGGUUGCAAUUAACGCUGAGAUUCGUCGCACGAAGGCUCGAUUGCUCGAGCAAGUCCCCAAAUUGCAGAGAUUAGCACUUAAAAAGGUAAAAGGGCUUUCACCUCAAGAAUUUGCUGCGAGGAAUGACUUGGCGCUUGCAUUGUCAGACAGGAUUCACGCCAUACCUGAUGGAACACCAGCUGCACCCAAACAAACUGGCGGAGGCUGGGCAUCUUCAACAACUACUCGUGCAGACAUCAAGUUUGAUUCUGAUGGGAAUUUCGACAAUGAAUACUUCCAGCAAACCGAAGAGUCAAAUCAGUUCAGGCAGGAGUAUGAAAUGCGGAAAAUGAAGCAGGAUGAAGGUUUGGAUGUGAUAGCAGAAGGUUUGGAUACAUUGAAACACAUGGCUAGUGACAUGAAUGAGGAAUUGGACAGACAAGUUCCUUUGAUGGACGAGAUUGAUACUAAGGUGGACAAGGCGACAUCUGACCUGAAGAACACCAAUGUUCGACUUAAGGACACUGUUAACCAGCUGAGGUCGAGUCGUAAUUUCUGCAUCGACAUUAUUUUGCUAUGUAUAAUUCUGGGUAUAGCUGCCUAUCUUUACAAUGCGUUGAAGUAAUGAACUUAUAUGAAGAGCUACCGGUUCUUAGCUUGUAUCAAAUUUCUUUAUGCCGAUAUAUUUCUUUGUUUAAUUGUCAAUGGUGUGCUGCAUUCUUGUCCUAGAUUUCAGUUUUCUUUUUAUGUUUAUAUGCCUGAAGAGUAGAGAUCUAUUUCUCUGAACAGAUUUCGAUAUAGAUUGUGUUGAGCUUCUAUUCAUUGAAGUACUUAUUGCCUUGUAAACGAUGUAUGUAAUGGUUUAUAUCUCCGACUUGUUUGAACUCCCAA